AAAAAGAUGAUGAAGAGAUUCAUGAAGAACAAGCAGUUUGCAAAUUUUGCUUCAACAUAUUUGCCGAAGAAAAUGUUCUCAAGACAAAAUGCAAUUGCAAAACUGGUCUUGUCCAUGACAAAUGUGCAUCUCACCACUUCAAUGAGACACGAAAUAACAUGUGUGAAGUUUGUGACCAAGAGGUUGAAACAAUACCAGUAACAUUGCUUCGAUGCCCCUUUUCUACGAAGAAAACUAGGCAAAAAAUCAACAAACGUAGCUUCGUAUUUCGAAUGAAAAGGUAUUUUUUGUGUUCUUCUUGAAAAUUCCCACUUAUAUGCUAUAUCCUUUGAGCAGCUGCUGAAGUGCCACAAUAAGUAAGAGGCGAGUAGAAUGGAGAGCUUACAAUGGAGGUAGAACUUGAACUAAGACAUAAUAAGCAUAUUUGCUGUGGUUUUGUUGUUGGUUUUUUGAUAUUUCCGUUGUAUUUA